GGGUGGGGGUGGGGGUUGAGUCCAGUCUCUGAACGCUCAUACAAACACUCCUCCAGGACGCAGGACGAACGGAGGACGCGCGUAAAAGCAACCGAGCUGCUUCCCUUCUGCACUCAGCGACGACGUUCACACUCACCCAGCGUGUCAAGCACUAAAGUCGGGACUUUAAUGCGUUUUCUGGGUGCGAUUCUUUGUUUUCAACUUCACGUUCAACCGUUUUGUUUUGUUUGUUUUUAAUUCUCUCAAGCGAACCGGAGGUGCCUUUUGUAUGAUGCUCGGAUACCACAGGAGUGUUUCCUCCACGCUUUGGAUACAUAAUGUGAGGAUUGGUGUCGGAACAAAGCAGGACGCUGCGUAAAGGAUCCCCUGACCUCCAAAGUGUGACCAGUGAAGCUCGUUUCAGUUUUCCCCCGAAGCGCGGAAUGGGGCCGUCAUCUGCACUGCUUCUCAUCGCUUUUUUGGGCUGGGCUGAAGGUUCCUCUCGUCACCACUCGGACGGUCGUUCCAGCCGACUGUCCCUGGAGAAAACCUUUGGUCGCUUGGUCAAAGAUUCCCGGUGCCAACACAUGCUGAAGCACCUCCACAAUGGAGCACGAAUCACUGUGCAGAUGCCUCCAAACAUUGAAGGUCACUGGGUGUCCACCAGCUGUGAGGUGAGACCAGGUCCGGAGUUCUUGACGCGCUCCUACAGUUUCUUCUCCAACAACACCUUCCAGGCUCACCAGUUCUACUACGAGGACAACCACUGCACCAAACCCACCUAUACUCUUGUGAUCAGGGGUCGUCUGCGCUUACGCCAGGCCUCCUGGAUCAUCCGUGGCGGCACCGAGGCAGAGUACCAACUCCACCGCAUCCAGAUGGUUUGUCACACAGCCACCGUGGCCAAAGAGUUCAGCCAGAGGUUCAACCGCAGCUGCACAGGGGCUGUGAAGGGCCCUUGGGAGCCUAAUAUGAUCCACGAGCUGUGGAGCGAGGAGGGCGACUUUGACUGCUCCAGGGAGCUUAAUUUUGCCAUGCAUGAGCUGCAGCUGCUGAGGGUGGAGAAGCAGUAUCUGCAUCACAACCUGGAUCACCUGGUGGAAGAGCUGUUUCUGGGAGACAUCCACACUGAGCCAUCCCAGAGGCUGUACUACAAACCAUCCAGCUACCAGAUGGCCCUGCAAAACGCCAAAAACCAUGACCAUGGCUGCAUCGCCUGUCGUAUCAUCUACCGCUCGGAUGAGUUCCACCCUCCCAUCCUGCCGCCGCGGGCCGACCUGACAGUCGGGCUCUACGGUCAGUGGGUGAGCCAACGCUGCGAAGUUCGCCCUGAGGUCCUCUUCCUCACCCGUCACUUCGUCUUCCACGACAACAACCACACCUGGGAGGGCCACUACUACCACUACUCCGACCCCGUCUGCAAACACCCCACCUUCACCAUCUACGCCCGCGGACGCUACAGCCGAGGCCUUCACUCCACCAGCGUCAUGGGCGGGACGGAAUUUAUCUUUAAAGUGAAUCACAUGAGAGUGACUCCCAUGGACUUGGCCACCACGUCCCUCCUCAACGUCUUCAACGGUAACGAGUGUGGAGUGCAGGGGUCCUGGCAGGUCGGGGUGGAGCAGGAUGUCACUGUGACCAACGGCUGCGUGGCACUUGGCAUCCGACUGCCCCACACAGAGUACGAGCUUUUCCGCAUGGAGCAAGACGCCCACGGCCGCUACCUGCUGUACAACGGCCAGCGUCCCAGCGACGGCUCCAGCCCGGACCGGUCGGAGAAGCGGGCCACGUCCUACCAGAUGCCCCUGGUGCAGUGCUCCGCAAGCAGCCAGCCGUCCGAGCACGGCAGAACGGACGGCGGCGACAGACCUCUGCAGCACCACAAUGACUGCACAGGAUGUCACAGGGGUAGUCAGAAAUACGUCACGGUGGCUCUCGCAGCCUUCGUCACGUCUCUGCUUCUCUGCUGGCAAAGCUAGAGAGCAGUUUGGUCUUUCUCUACUUAAAAAGACACGAGACAAGAGUGAGGAUUACAAGAGGGGAGAGCAAGACUGCUUGUUAAAACAGCAAAUUUAAACUGUUGGCUUCUCUCGUGUGAAAGAGGAUGAGAGCCGGUGCCACUGAUCCUCUUCUCCGAGCUACCAAAGACUCGACACUGCCGCACCACAGAAACUGCACUUUAGAGUGGAACCAAAGACCAACCUGUCUGUUUCCACAGAUACACAAAGAUGUUCAUAUAUCCACACAGACCUGAGAGUUAUGUUUUAUACAGUGUAUUUACCUACAACUAUCAAGUAAUUUCUUGGUACUGCAAAAAGACACGAUUUUAAGUGUAGAAAUUUUUCCCGUAACGACAAGAAGCUCCGUGUCUCGAGAAGACGUACUUGUGGAUAGUCACCGUUUACAGUAAAAGGGAACUACAUUACUUGUGUUAAAGCAUUUUCUUUAAAUAUUGCCUUUCAGUACAGCGAACUCAUCUUUUCCACAUUAAUAGCAAGUUAUUUUGGAUACAAUAAAACUAGUAUCUUCCGUUAUGAAGAGAGACAUUUUUACUCCCUCACUGAUCAGACAGCUGCAUCUUCAUUGGCCGACACUCAACCUCGUUUCCACUGGGGCCCAUUUUGAUAAAUAAGAUAAGGAAACUGCACCUGAAAAACUGGCCUAUAAACGGCCGUUCUCCUCAUAAAGACUUAAGAUAUGCCAUAAAACUUGGACAAUAUGGCUAAGUUCAGAAAAUGAUUUGAGAAUAUUUUCUAAUAAUAUUGAAAAAAAAAAAAAUCAAAUCAAUGCAAUGAAGUGGGUUCCAUUUGUGUCCACUUUGGGGGCUAAUUGUAUCUUAACAAUAUGAUUAAACUUAAGGUAUCUAAUCAGGGGUUUGACUAUUUUUGUGGUAAAAAUUAGCACUUUGGUGCAUCGUCAAAGUUGAUCAACUGCCUCAGAUUUUGAAAAACAUUUGUGCCAUUACAACUAAAGAUAGACUCUGGUUUCCAGGUUGUGUAGCUCCUUGAAAAAGUCUUCCACUAAGAAACCUGUAAAAUAAUAUAAAAUAAACUCAUCUCCUCCCUAAGUUCAUUUCUAAACUUGAGAGUGGAAUAAGUUAAAAAUACCUUCCAUGGGAUUAAGGACACCAGGCGAGGAGCAGUAUUUGGACCCAUCAGUUUUCGUCCCGAUUGUGAUCUUGCUGCAGGCCCCUGUGAUGUCGUCUCUGCGCUGAUUGUGGACCAGUACCUGUUUGGGAACUUACCAGCAUGCUUCUGCCAUUAAGAAACUUUAAGACUGUUUGGAGAAAGGACAUCACAACAUGCUCUUAUUUCUGCAAUAGGAAAACUACAGGACUAAUUCCUCACAGCCACUUUUGACAUCAGCGGUUCAGAAUCUUAUUCACAGACUAGAAGAUCCUGUACGAGGCUCCAAGAAAUGUCUUUGUAACUGGAUACAUGUAUAAGAUUAAAGGUUUGAUACUCCUCCGCGUU